AUGCAUUUGAAAAUUUUCUCAAAUCUUCUGGUUUUUGUGGCGACGGUUGCUGCGCAUGGAUAUGUGGAUAAUGUGACGAUUAAUGGGAUUCUUUAUACUGGAUAUCAACCCUAUUCAGAUCCCUACUAUGCUACACCACCCCCACGUAUCAUUCGUCCAGUGCAGGGCAAUGGUCCUAUCACUGAUCUUACGCUUAUUGAUCUUCAAUGUGGUGGUUAUACCGAAGGGGGUGUUGUUGGUUCUACACCUGCAAAGUUGACUGCGGGUCCGGUUGCGGCUGGGAGCACGAUUAGUUUGAGAUGGACGUUGUGGCCGGAUAGUCAUUCCGGUCCAGUAAUAACUUAUAUGGCGAAAUGUCCCGCUGCAGGAUGUAGUAACUAUUUACCCGGCACUGACGCCGUCUGGUUCAAAAUCCAAGCCACCGGCCGCAUCGGCAAUACCACCGUCUGGGGUGACACCCCCCUCAAAACCGCCGGAAACUCCUAUUCCUACACCAUCCCCUCCUGUCUCUCCGCCGGCUCCUACAUUGUCCGUCAUGAGAUCCUCGCGUUGCAUGCGGCAUGGACUUACCCGGGUGUGCAAUUCUAUCCAAGUUGUCAUCAGAUACAGCUUACGGGGAGUGGAACUAGUACGGGUCCCAGUAGUAAGGUGGCCAUUCCGGGGGUUUAUAAGGCGACGGAUCCAGGGAUUGUUUAUGAUAUGUAUGCGGUUCAGACGUAUAAGAUUCCGGGACCGGCGGCUUUUACGUGUUAG